AUGGCCACAACGUUUAGUGAAGUUUUCUCGGGACAUGAUCCAGUUACCAUAUACGAAGGGUUCGAAUUUACCGAAGGGCCCGUCUGGCACCCGGAGGGUUACCUGCUGUUCAGCGACAUACCGGCCAAUACCAUCUAUCGGUACGUCCCAGGAGGCGACCCUGAGCCAUUCCUGACCCCAAGCGGAAACUCAAAGGGACUGACAUUUGAUCGGCAGGGACAGUUGCUCGCCUGUGAGCACGGAGGACGCCGGGUAUCACGAAUGUCAGGGAAUGGCAGCAUGGAAACCCUGGUGCACCAAUACGACGGGAAGAGCCUUAACAGUCCAAACGACCUCGUGGUCCACUCAAGCGGCAGUAUCUUCUUUACCGACCCGCCUUAUGGCAUCGACCCGGAUCCCGGGGCGCAGGGCUUCAAUGGUGUAUACCGACUGGACCCGGACGGAACAUUACUCUGUUGA